AUGGCUCAACAGUUUCGCGCUGGAGGCCGCAGCAAUCGCUCUGGUCGCUCCCAGGCAGAUGCUGAUGUAUUCGAGGGCUUGCCUGUUCGUCAAUGGAUUUCCUCAGACAGCAUAGUGGGCCUUCCACCACCAACAGAGGUUGUCCAAGGCGGUGACAACGCCUUGCCUGAACUGCCCAUGCCACGUGACUCACACCUGCUUACUCCUUUGACACAACAACUGCUGCGUGAAGCAAGAAGACCUAGACUUGCAAAGCGACCCCAGGAACCAACCGAAGAUGACAAGCAGGAAGAAGAGGAAGAGGGCGAACCUGUCCAAACUGGUUGGCAAUCCAAGAAGUGGAGCCAAGUGCCCUCUCACCAGGAAAAGCCUGAGAGAGAGUUCCUUGCCAAGCGCCGCAAGGGUCUCCCCAGUAUGCACACUCAGAUAGCACUGCAAGCAGCAAAUGCCGUGGCUUCGUCGGCAAACACACGGAAAACUAAGAUCAUGAAGUCGGAUGCAGACGGCAACACCACAGUCUACGAAGUCUUAGUUCCCGAGGGCCAAACCGUCGAGGGCGAAGUCGUGGAUGAUGCUAUCAUGGCUGAUGCUGCCCCCAUUCAAGCAGCUCCCGGCACAGUCAUCGAUGGCGUCGGUAUCGCCAACGCUGAAGGUGUCUUCGUUGCGACCGAUCUGCUCCAGCAACAACAACAGCCAAUGAGACGCAAACCUAUUCCUCCACGUAGAAUCAGAAAGGGUGGACCUGGCCGUGGCAAGAAGAAGGUCAUGUUCAACCCAAACGAAGGACACAACGCUGCAGCGACCUCGACACCUGGAGGUGGAGUCAGUGUCGCUACGCCCUCGUCCCUCAACGCAAAUGCAGACGACUCAGCCAUGGACAUCGAUUCUACUCCAAAGCCUGACGCCAACGAUGAAGGAGACGAUGAAGACGGCGAGGAGGGCGAAGAUGGUGACGAGGAUGACGAUCGUGAGGAUGGGGAGGUCAGCGAGGGAGAAGAGCUUCAAGAUGAGGAGCCCACUGAAACCACAACAUCCCUAUCAACAAAGCCCGACGUGGAAGAGCAAGUCCCAGCAGCCACGGAACCUACCGAGGCCGAGGAGGCUCCUGCGCCGGUCACAGAGGAGCCUAUUGCGCCAACAGAAGAGGUUUCCGUGCCAGUCACAGAGAGCGCUCCAUCGCCAGUCACAGAGAAACACGAGCAACCCGUUUCAGCAGCUGUGGAGGCAGCUGAGGAACAAGAUGAAGCUACAGAAGCUACGGAAGCGUCCGAAGCCAUCGAAGCCACCGAAGAGCCUUUAACUGCAGAGGCUUUCGAGGAAGCCACGGGGAAGCCGGAGACAUCAGCUACAGAAGAAGUUCAAGCAACUGAGGAGCCUGAAGCCGCAGAACUACCACGAGAGCCGAGUGACAAAGAACCCACCGUCGACACGACAGCAGGGUCGGAGAAGUCCGAGGAAGACACGACUAUGAAGGAGGCAUCCGACAAGGAAACAGAAGAAUCCUAG